AUGGCGAAGUCGUCGUGGCCGGAGGUGGUGGGGUGGAUUCAGCUGAACGCGGCGUACCAGAUCAACAUCGACCGGCCGGAUGUGACUGAUGUGGGGUUCUACAAGGAGGGCUCCCCGCUGCCAUCUGGAUACAACCCCAGGCGCGUCGUCAUCAUCUCCGACGGGAACGGCGUCGUUCUCAAGACCCCCGUCAUCGGCUAG